AGUUUCAGGGAGCAGAGCUUGCUGUGCGUGUAUUUUUUCCUUAACCACCGAUGCAGAACCUCAUCUUCAGAUACUUGCAAAAUCGAUCUCGGAUUCAGGUGUGGCUUUAUGAGCAAGUGAACAUGCAGAUAGAGGGCUGUAUCAUUGGUUUUGAUGAGUAUAUGAACCUCAUAUUAGAUGACGCAGAAGAGAUUCAUUCUAAAACAAAGUCAAGAGAACAACUGGGCCGGAUCAUGCUGAAAGGUGAUAACAUUACUCUGCUCCAAAGUGUCUCCAACUAGAAAAGAUCAAUCAAGUGAGGGAUGGUUGAGAAGAUAAUUCAGUUAGCUUUUUUUACCUGUUCUUUAUUGGGACGAUAGU